AGAAAUCACGAUGCCCGAGGAGGACGUCAGCGACCUGAGAGACGUGGUCGACGCGAUCAACAAACUGUGCGAGACGAUGAAGACCUCCCAAUAUGAUGACGCGGAAACUUAUGAAGAGGAAGCGGUUCCUUCUGAACCUGCACAAGCCUUCGAUAUUGAUGAGGAAUCUGUCGUCCCGCAGUACGCGGCGUCCGUCGCCGACGAGCCAGAGGAAGAGGCGGUUUAUGUUUAUAGAACUGAAGCGACCGUCGUCCCCCAAUACACGGAAUGCCACACGGAUUUGAUCAGCCCGCAGGAAAUAUCUGUGCGGAAAGUUGAAACCUAUGCGGAACAGAUCAGCCCUGAAGAAACGUCGUCUCAGAGAGUGGAAGCUACGUUCCAAGCAAUGGAAGCUUAUCGCCCGGAGAGAUGGAGUGAUUCUCAGAUAUCACUGCCUGGUCAGACUGAAGACGUCGAGACCGUGACGUCCGACACCGAACCGGCGGCCGCGCAGUUCGAACCGAUAAGCGAAAUGUACUACACGGCCUCGUCAGAAGUGUCUCUUCUGUCAGAUUUAGAUGUACCUGACAGAGCCCACGUCGACGAGGAAACUUUGCCUGAAAAAGAGACUAAAGAUGAUAGAAAAGAAUGUGUGAUAGCGGGCCACGUGGCUGCCAUGAGGGAAAGAUUCGAGAGUAUGACGCGUGCCAACACGCCGUGUCCAGACUUGAUGAGGUCUAUGUCGCCUUCUCUAGACGUCUUCAGGAAUAUCACUCCCUCGCCUGAUCACUUAGGGUAGGUAGUCAAUCUUUCCAGUGUGUUCCGAUGGUUCUUUAUUAUAGCUUAGAGGUGUAUUGUGAAAGGUUUUAUAAUGUGGUAAUCAGUAUUUGUGUAAAGUUACUAGUCCUCGUCUUACUAAACACCAAUUUAUAGAAACGUGCCAAGAUGUUUAUACACUCUUAGAUAAACGGUUGUGAUUAUUUUCCGUAGCUACAUCUGAUCGCAAUUAACGAAAAGGUAUACAUAUCGAGUGUUUAGUUUUAGUAUUUGUUGGCCAUUUUGAAGGCAAUAAAGGAUUGUAGAAUUAGGUAAAGGCUCUACUUAGAGCUAGAUAUGUAAUCAUGUAUGGAAACUAUGAUGCAAAUAAUAUCCCAUGUUAUUAAGUGAUUUUGGACGCUCAAAUUUUGUAGUUUUGUAACUAUUACAUUGUCAUAACUUAGUAACAUGUAACAAAUAUACGUCGUCUAUUUCAGACUUAAGUAGCUAAUGGAAAAUUGUUUUCUCUGUAUUAAAUUAAUUUUAAUUGUAAGAAAUACAAUGGAUGCAGCAUUCUCAAAAAUGUUAUCCGAAGACAGAAAUUGCACCUUACAAAGCAAAAACUUAGCGGUCUUUUUGUAAAUGCCUAUCAUCAUCUAUCUGCACACUUUUUGACACUUGCUGUAUUCAUUUUUGAUUAUAAACAGUAAUUAAUCUCUUUACUCGCUUUAAAAUUCCAGAUUAUAAUAAGAAUACAUUACGAGAAAGUUUAGCAUUGUUUGUUGCAUUUUUCGAAGUUGCCAUAAAUACAAGGUCCACAUGAAUUGAGUACAAAUAUGGCAAGACAGAUUAAGGUCGCACUCAUUUUGAGACAUUACUUUGAUAAUAUUUGUACUUAAUUUGUGCAGAUUUUAAUAGUUUUAAGAGCACGUUAAUUUUUGUUGUGACAAUUUUUAGCGUCAUGUUUAUUUUUGAAAUUAUCUGUUGUGAAUUUUCUACCAAAAUAUUUUAAUUGGGUUGAAAUACUUUACCGUGAUACUAGUAGAUACGAAUACGAUUAUUUUUAAGUCUGUUGUAUUCCGCGUACUUACUGUAAGGGUUUGGUAUUGAUAUUUCUUCAUUCUAGCAUAGCGUUGUAUUAAAAUGUGUUAUGUGUACAGAUGGAACCUUUUAUUAUUGUAAUUCAAUAUACAGCUUUAUUAAAA